GCCGCCCCGCGCGCGCAUUUACUAAAGUAGAUCCGAGAACCAAACAAACCAAUAAUGCCGCGAGGCCGACCCCCGAAACCAGCGGCGAGGGACCCGGAGGCGGCAGAUAACUUACUGGAACUGAGUGCAGACAAUGCAAAUGGGUUUCUCGAGUCCCAAGAUACUCAGUACCGAGAUGCUCAUAAAUGUGAUGUCUGUUUCCAAACGUUUUCCAAGUACAAUCAAUUACAGCGCCACUUACGGGAACAUGAGGAAAAUGACAAGCCUUACCGAUGUGGUCAAUGCCCAGCAACCUUUAACGUGGAAUUUAAUCUUAUAUUGCACAAAGCCACUCACAAUGCAAAUGAGCCAUCUUGUCCUGUUUGUGGCAAAAAGUUUUCCCGCGUGGCCAGCCUUAAAGCUCACAUUAUGCUGCAUGAGAAAGAGGAGAACCUGAUAUGUACAGAAUGUGGUGAUGAAUUUACGUUACAGAGCCAACUUACUAGACAUCUGGAUGAACACCGGCAGGAACUAAAUGGAAGCCAAGUGCAUGUUUGCAAGAUCUGCACAAAAGAAUUUGAAAGGCCUUCCCAGCUACGUGAUCACAUGAAAUCUCACUACAGAGUUAGGUCAUCCCUGUGUACCAAGCAGUACAAACGGCAUGUAGACAGAUCAGGGUUUUCUCAUCGUUGUGAACAUUGUGGGAAGACAUUCCAGAAGCCUAGCCAGUUAAUUCGACACAUCAGAAUACAUACAGGUGAAAGGCCAUUUAAAUGUGGUGAUUGUGGAAAGGCUUUCAACCAGAAAGGAGCACUGCAGAUACAUAUGAUCAAGCAUACUGGUGAAAAACCACAUUUUUGUGUAUUCUGUCCAGCUUCAUUUUCACAGAGAGGCAAUCUACGAGCACACAUACAAAGGGUUCACACGGAGGUGAAGGAUGGGGACCAGCCAGCUUAUCAGUGUGAGGAAUGUAGCUGUGUGUUUCGAAAACUAGGCAGCCUUAAUGCACAUAUCAGCAGGAUGCACUCAGAUGGAUCAGAAUCUUCGCGAGUAAUAAGUGACACUGCACACAAUGUACCGGCGAUUGGAUCAUCACCAGUAACAUCGGUCGGAGGUCAUCAAGGAGCACAAGCAGUGACUGAUGUUAUUCAGCAGCUUCUGGAGCUGUCCGAGCAAGUGACUGGAGAGGGGUCGCAGUCUCAGCAGCCAGUGCAACAAAUCACCAUAGAGGGCAGUAUUAAUCAGGACAUCUUGCAACAAGCCUUAGAAAACAGUGGGCUAACUACCAUUCCCAUUCAAGCUCAUCAGUCGGAGUCUGGCCAGCCGAGGGCUUUGUUAUCCCGAAGUCAGUCGCAGGAUGCACAGGUUACACCCCUUCAACAGACCCAGCCUUCUGCUCCACAGUCACACCAACAGCGUUUGGAAAAGCUGUCUGGCAAGGAGAAUGUGGAUGUGGUGAAAAAAAUGAUGUUGUAUCCCGGUUCUGUCCGUCGUGUGAAUGGAAUUAGGUGGCACAUGUGUACAUAUUGCACUAAAGAAUUUAAAAAGCCUAGCGAUCUAGUGCGACAUAUUCGCAUCCAUACUCAUGAGAAGCCCUACAAGUGCACUCAGUGCUUCCGAGCUUUUGCUGUAAAAAGUACCCUCACUGCACACAUGAAGACUCAUACUGGCAUCAAGGAAUUCCGAUGUCCCAUGUGUGCAAAGAUGUUUUCUACUCAAGGAAGUCUAAAAGUGCACCUUCGGCUACACACAGGAGCCAGACCAUUUGACUGUCCACACUGUGACAAAAAGUUCAGGACCUCAGGGCAUCGCAAAAGUCACAUUGCUUCACAUUUCAAAAACUUGCAGCUUAAGAAACGAUUUCCACGCAAACCAGCCAAGAUGCGGAUUUUAAAGAACAGCGUCACUUUAACUGAUAUUCCUCAGGAGCCUAUCCUCAUCACCGAUUCAGGCCUCAUCCAGCAAACCCCACGUAGCCAGUUGUACAGUCAUUAUCUGGCAAAUGGCAUCAUUACUGACGGACUGGGUGGGGAUAGGCCAUACAAAUGUGCAUAUUGCAACAAGGGAUUUAAAAAAUCCAGUCAUCUUAAGCAACAUAUCAGGUCACAUACAGGAGAGAAACCAUUCAAAUGUUCACAGUGUGGCAGAGCCUUUGUUUCGUCAGGGGUCCUUAAGUCACACAUCCGGACGCAUUCUGGCCUCAAGGCCUACAAAUGUUUGAUUUGUGAUGGGACUUUCACCACGAACGGCAGCCUGAAAAGGCACAUGUCCACCCACAGUGAGGUGCGUCCCUUCAUGUGCCCCUAUUGUCAGAAAACGUUCAAGACUUCCAUGAAUUGUAAAAAGCAUAUGAAGACGCAUAGGUAUGAGCUUGCUCAACAGAUACAGCAACAACAGCAAGCAGCACCCCUGGAUGAUGAUGGCUUGGUCGAAUCUAUGGAGCAGCAAACUGACCCAACUACUGGACAGGCACAAGUUCAGAUUCAGCCAAAUGAACUACAGCAGCCUUCAACAAUCAGUGCUGAUCACCAGACCAUGCUCGGCCUGAGUCAAGAGCAGAUUGUGGGACCUCAGCAAACUGGGCUUGGCCAACAGCUUACAGACCAGCAGCUUGUACAGGAUGAAGAUUCCUUUGUAACAACGCAUCACGCCUUGCAGCAGAAUAUCAGCCAAUUUGAUCAACAAGCUAUUACACAGCAAGCCUUUGACCAACAGAGUCUAACCCAAGGUUUCACCAUCACAGACAGCUUUGGCCAGCAGAGUCAAUUUACUGCAGUGCAACAGUUGCAAGAUUCCAGUAGUUUAGAGUCACAAGCACUCAACCCCAGUUACCACCAGCAGAGUCUGCUUCAGGUCCCUACUACAGACAGUAUCAAUGUGACCCCACGACUAUUACAUGAGCCAUCACCAGGAGCCUUGCAUCUUCAAAGCCAUCGCUCAGCAUUCCAUUCUGAUAAUGAGGACCAUGUCAGACGAACAUAUAGGUGUGAGUUCUGUACCAAAGGUUUCAAGAAGUCAAGCCAUCUAAAGCAACAUGUACGUUCGCACACAGGUGAAAAGCCCUUCAAAUGUCUUCAGUGCAAUCGAUGUUUUGUAUCCUCAGGUGUUUUGAAAGCACAUCAGCGAACACACACAGGUAUUAAAGCCUACAGAUGCAAUGUUUGUGAUGCCACUUUUACUACCAAUGGGAGCCUUACAAGGCACAUGGUAAUUCAUACCAGUCUGAGACCAUUCAAGUGCCCAUUCUGCGAUGAUACUUUCCGAACAUCACUUCACUGCAAGAGGCACAUGAAAGCUCAUCAAACUACCACAGGAGUUGGAGAAGAGGAUGAAAACCUAGAGAGACCUGUUGUACGAAGGCCACGGAUUGGGAUAAUCACAUUUACAGAAGAAGAGACGGCAGAACUGGCAAAAACUGAAACGCGAUUAGAUGCCACAGUUUCUGAAAAAGUAUUAGUCCAGUCGGCAGCAGAGAAGGACCGUGUCAGUGAAAUCAAGGAUAAGAAUAUUGAGAUAGAAGAGGAUCCUAAGCAUGCAAACCAGUGCUCGUUUUGUACGAAGAGUUUCAAAAAGCCCAGUGACUUAGUCAGGCAUAUAAGGAUCCACACUGGAGAAAAGCCUUUUAAGUGCGAUGAAUGUGGGAAGAGUUUUACAGUGAAGUCUACUCUGGACUGCCAUUUAAAAACUCACACAGGUCAGAAGCACUUCAAAUGCCACGUUUGCAGUUCUCCCUUUUCGACUAAAGGUAGUUUAAAAGUCCACAUGCGUCUACAUACCGGAGCAAAGCCUUUCAAAUGUCCACAUUGUGACGUACGCUUCCGGACUUCAGGGCACAGGAAGAGCCACAUACAAUCUCACUUUAAGCCCACGUCACUGCCGAAGAAAAUUCGGAAGCCUGUAACUCGUCAAACAACAGAGAGUUUGCAGCCUGUUAACUUACUGACUAGUGCCGAUGCAAAUGUCUGCAUCACUAAUAAUGGUGUCCUGGCUAAUCAGUUUGAUCAGAACCUUCUCCAGCAAGGAUUAGUCGGACAAGCCACACUUCCAGCCUCAAUGUCAGCAGGCGGUGAUUUGACAUUAUCACUAACGGAUGCCAGCUUUGCCAUUCUUGAAGGAAUACAGUUGCAGCUUGUUUCUACUAACUUGGUUGGACAGAAUGUUCAGAUCUCUGGCCUUGAUCCCACCAAUAUAAAUAACAUCACACUACAGAUCGAUUCGAGCAUUUUGCAGCAGACAUUACAGCAGAGUAAUGUGCUUACUCAGCAACUGCCUUCAGACCCGAACAUACCACAGCAAUCCGGGACUCUACAAUCAACAGAUAGCACACUUCCUGCCAAUGUGGUCAUCCAGCCACUCACCAGCUUGUCAAUGCAACCUACAGUAACAUCAUCGGCUGCCAUGGUGAUAGGCAGUCUGACCGAGCAGGAGACUGUGCUUGCCAACAGUUCAGGAGCACAGGAUAUCUCGCAGUCGUUGACAUCCGCUGGUCUUGCUCCAAGUUCCAAUGGAAAACAUGAAAUGGCACUGACGAUUAAUAACUCCAAUCUCAGCCAGGUCCUGGCACAGGCUGCCAAUGUCACAUGUCCCAAUGCGACAGGAGCACCACAGGAGAUAACCCUCACAAUAUCAGGUCAAGAUAUAAUUCAGCAGCAUAGCAACACUGAUAGUUGUGAAAUAAAUGGAGGUAUCCGACUGGGAACGUCAAUAAACAACCAACCUAAUGCUGCUACGUUGACCAUCGGCAAUGACCAGCUCCUUAGUCAGGCUGCCACUCUUAACGCAAGUAGCUUGCCAGGACUGAGUUCAACUGCAAGUAGUUUGACCCCCUCUUCACUCUCCACGUCCCCCUCUCAAACCACUCUCUCUACCCAGAAUCUCGCUAUGUCUUCUGCUAACAUGGGCAGGGAAGGCAAUGUUACUCUUACGCUAACUGACACCCAGAGCAUGUUGUCUGGUGGUUUAGACACAGUCACGCUCAACAUAGCUGCUCAGGGGCAGCAAUUUCCAACAGUGGUUCCUGAUUCAGCUUUGCCAAGUCAAACAGCAUCAGAACAUCCACAAGUCCUGCUUGCGAGUCAGGAUCCACAGGACUCAACUGAUGCACAAGAGGAGGCUGCCUCAUACCAGGUACCUGAUACAGCGAUAAGUCUUACGGAGGACAGUCAGACAGAUGAUGAAGGCCAGAUAAAUCACUGUCCCAAUUGUAGCCAGGGCUUCUCAUCUGGCUCCAUGCUCCGUCGACAUUGCCGAGAAGCUCACGGGGAGGAAAGAGUCCACGUAUGCAAUAUCUGCAACAAAGCCUUUAAACGAGCCGCACAUCUCAAGGACCAUCUUCAAACGCACCAGCCGGGACCUUCUCCCAGCAGUCAGAAGCCUAAAUUAUAUAAAUGUGAAUCAUGUGACAAGGCCUUUGCCAAGCCAAGUCAACUGGAGAGGCACAAUCGGAUCCACACAGGUGAGAGGCCAUUUCAGUGCAACCUUUGUGAGAAAGCUUUCAACCAAAAAAAUGCACUACAAGUUCAUAUGAAGAAACAUACUGGUGAGAGACCAUACAAAUGUGAAUAUUGUGGGAUUUCCUUCACUCAGAAAGGCAAUAUGAAGAUACAUAUGAAGAGGGCGCAUGGCUUUCCAGGCAGUGGUCAGGACACUGGAAGCAGCCAAGAGCAAGAGGGAGAAGAUGCAAGUCGUGGUCUUGAUCUCGUUGAAGUUGUACCAGAAUCCUCCAAUGAAUGGCACUGUAGGAUAGCAAAUGUAUUCCGCUAA